AUGUGGUCGGUGAGAUUGGGCGUCCUGGCGCUGGUGCUGGGACUGCUCGGUGUGUCCGUGCGGGCGCAAAACGCUACGACAGGACCGAAGGUGCUUUGUUACUACAACGGUAGCAGCUCGCUGAAGGAAGGUCUGGGUAAAGUGACGGUGUCCGAUAUAGAGCUAGCGUUGCCCUUCUGUACGCAUCUUAUCUAUGGCUACGCGGGAGUGAACACUGAAACGUACCGAGUGCGCUCGCUAAAUGAAGAUCUCGAUCUAGACUCGGGCAAGAGCCACUUUCGGGCAGUGACGACCCUGAAGCGACGUUACCCGGGGUUAAAGGUGUUCUUGAGCGUCGGCAACUAUUACGACUUGGGUGAUGAAAAACCGUUCGAGAAGUAUCUGUUGCUGCUGGAAUCACCCGGUGCACGCACAGCGUUCGUGAACAGCGCUUACUCGCUCCUGAAGACGUACGAGUUCGAUGGGCUUGAUCUGGCCUGGCAGUUCCCGCAGACGAAACCGAAGCGCAUCCGCGGAUGGACCGGCAAGCUGUGGCACGGCUUCAAGAAGCUGUUCACGGGCGAUAGCGUUCUCGACCCGAAGGCGGACGAACACCGGGAGGAGUUUACGGCGCUGGUUCGUGAUCUGAAGAACGCAUUCGUGCACGAUAAGUUCCAGCUCGGCUACACGCAGCUGCCGCACGUGAAUCAAACCAUCUUCCUGGACAUUCCGCUGGUGAAGGAAAGCAUUGAUUACGUAAAUAUCGCCGCAUACGAUCAGCAAACACCGGAGCGUAACCCGAAGGAGGGAGAUUAUACGGCACCGAUCUACGAACCGAGCGAGCGUGUCAAGGGCAACAAUGUGGACGAUAAGGUGAAGGCCUGGCACUCGCAGGGCACCCCUCUGGACAAGAUUGUCGUCGGUAUUGCGACGUACGGUCGCGGAUGGAAGCUCGUCGAGGAGUCGGGCAUUACCGGUGUGCCACCGAUACCGGCCGAUGGUCCAUCACCGCCCGGACCGUACACCAACAUUCCCGGGUUCUACAGCUUCGGUGAGGUGUGUGCGCAACUGCCGAAUCCGGGCAACGUUAAUCUGAAGGGUGCCGGCUAUCCGUUGCGAAAGGUUAACGAUCCGACGAAACGGUUCGGUUCGUACGCCUUCCGCGUUGUGGACGAGAAUGCGAAGGACGGCAUUUGGGUGUCGUAUGAGGAUCCGGAAAGUGCCGGUAACAAGGCGGCGUACGUGAAGGCGAAGGGUUUGGGCGGCAUUUCGAUCAACGAUCUGGCGUUGGAUGAUUUCCGUGGCACGUGCUCGGGUGAUAAGUUCCCGAUUCUGCGUGCGGCCAAGUAUCGGCUGUGA